AUGAUGUGCGAGGUGAUGCCCACCAUCAGCGAGACCGAGAGCCCCCUGGGCGGCGGCGGCAGCAGCAGCGGCGGUGGCGGCGGGAGCCAGGACACCGAGUCCCCCGCCUUGGACAACGACUCCCAGUUUGAGCAGCUCAUGGUUUCCAUGCUGGACGAGCGGGACCGCAUCCUGGACACGCUGCGCGAGACCCAGGAGACGCUGGCCCUCACCCAGGGCAAGCUGCAGGAGGUCGGCCACGAGCGGGACUCCCUGCAGCGGCAGCUGACUUCAUCGCUCCCGCAGGAGUUCACGGCCCUCAACAGGGCGCUCAGUGUGUGCCGGGAGCAGCUCCACGAGCGGGAGGAGGAGGUCGCCGAGCUGAAGGCCGAGAGGAACAACACCAGGCUGCUCCUCGAGCACCUGGAGUGCCUGGUGUCCCGGCACGAGCGCUCGCUGCGGAUGACGGUGGUCAAGAGGCAGGCGCAGUCGCCGGCCGGCGUGUCCAGCGAGGUGGAGGUCCUCAAGGCACUCAAGUCCUUGUUCGAACACCACAAGGCCCUGGAUGAGAAGGUGCGUGAGCGACUGCGGCUCGCCCUGGAAAGGUGUAGCUUGCUUGAGGACGAGCUAGAAUCCACGCACAAAAAGUUAGUGAUUCUGAAAGAACAGAAUAAUCAGAAAAAACCAGUGACCGAUGGGGUGCUUGAACUCAACCACGAAGAAGAAAAAGCGCCAAGCACCAACGGAAAGCGCUCCUCUGGCGGCUCCCUGGGCCCUGAGGAGGACCUGGCCAGGGUCCUGGAGCUGCAGGACAUCGUGGACAAGCAGGCGCAGGAGCAGACCCAGAUGAAGGAGCGCCUGACCGCCCUCUCGAGCCACGUGGUCGAGCUGGAGGAGGACCUGGACACGGCCAGGAAGGACCUCAUCAAGUCGGAGGAGAUGAACAGCAAGCUGCAGCGGGACGUGCGCGAGGCCAUGGCCCAGAAGGAGGACAUGGAGGAGAGAAUCACCACUCUGGAGAAGCGCUACCUCGCGGCCCAGCGGGAGGCCACCUCCGUGCACGACCUCAACGACAAGCUGGAGAACGAGAUCGCGACCAAGGAUUCCUUGCAGCGGCAGACCGAGGACAAGAACCGGCAGCUGCAGGAGCGCCUAGAGCUGGCCGAGCAGAAGCUGCAGCAGACGCUGCGGAAGGCCGAGACGCUGCCCGAGGUGGAGGCCGAGCUGGCGCAGCGGGUGGCCGCGCUCUCCAAGGCGGAGGAGAGGCAUGGGAACAUCGAGGAGCGGCUGCGGCAGAUGGAGGCGCAGCUGGAGGAGAAGAACCAGGAGCUGCAGCGGGCCAGGCAGAGGGAGAAAAUGAACGAAGAGCAUAACAAGCGCCUGUCGGACACCGUGGACAGGCUGCUGUCCGAGUCCAAUGAGAGGCUGCAGCUGCACCUGAAGGAGCGGAUGGCCUCUCUGGAGGAGAAGAAUUCUCUAUUGCGAGAAGUGGAAUGUGUGAAAAAACAAUUGGAAGAAACGCAGCACGAGAAGGACCAGCUGCUGCUCAGCGUGGAGACCCUCCAGACCGAGCUGGAGCAGACGCGGCUCCGAAGCGCUUCCCUCCACCACGGCCGACCACACCUGGGCAGCGUUCCUGACUUUCGGCUGCCCAUGGCAGACGGCCCUGCAGACACCUACAGCAGCGGCGCCGUGUUGCGGCGGCCCCAGAAGGGCCGACUGGCAGCCCUGCGGGACGAGCCUUCAAAGGUGCAGACGCUGAACGAACAGGACUGGGAGCGGGCCCAGCAGGCGAGUGUCCUGGCGAACGUGGCCCAGGCCUUUGAGAGUGACAUGGACGUGUCCAACGGAGAGGACAACAGAGACACGCUCCUCAGCUCCGCGGCACUGCUGUCGCCCAGCGGGCAGGCUGACGCCCAGACGCUGGCCAUCAUGCUGCAGGAGCAGCUAGACGCCAUCAACCAAGAGAUCAGGUUGAUACAGGAGGAGAAGGAGAGCACGGAGCAGCGGGCCGAGGAGAUUGAGAGCCGCGUGGGCAGCGGGAGCCUGGACAACCUCGGCCGUUACAGGUCCAUGAGCUCCAUCCCGCCCCACCCUGCCUCCGUGGCCGGGUCCUCCCCGCCCAACAGCGGCCGCUCCACGCCCCGGCGGAUCCCACACAGCCCGGCCUGCGAGGUGGACAGGCUCAGCAUCAUGACCCUGCCUAGCGACCUACGGAAGCACCGUAGAAAGCCGCCAGCCCCUCGGGAUGAGGUCCUGGAUGACAAGACGACCAUAAAAUGUGAAACCUCGCCCCCGCCCUCCCCGCGCGCCCCGCGCCCCGACCGACUGCACAGAGGCGCGGUGCUCACAGUCAGCCACGAGGAGCUGCAGGAGCUGCGCAACUCUACAGGCUCCCAGGACGGCCCCGUGAGCAAUCCCAGCAGCAGCAACAGCAGCCAGGACUCGCUGCACAAGGCCCCCAAGAAGAAGGGCAUCAAGUCCUCUAUCGGCCGCCUGUUCGGCAAGAAGGAGAAGGGCCGGCCCGGCCACGCCGGCAGGGAGUCCGCGGGACAAGCUGGCGCCGUAGAGACGGAAAAUUUAUCUCCGGAGGCCUUAGCGCUCGGCAGAUUUGGAGGACAGGCAGAAAAGAAUCGCAAACUCCAGAAAAAGCACCAGCUGUUGGAGGAGGCCCGCAGGCAGGGGCUGCCCUUCGCGCAGUGGGACGGGCCCACCGUGGUGGUGUGGCUGGAGCUCUGGGUGGGGAUGCCGGCGUGGUACGUGGCGGCCUGCCGUGCCAACGUGAAGAGCGGCGCCAUCAUGUCGGCCCUGUCGGACACGGAGAUCCAGCGUGAGAUCGGCAUCAGCAACCCGCUGCACCGGCUGAAGCUGCGCCUGGCCAUCCAGGAGAUCAUGUCGCUGACCAGCCCCUCCGCCCCGCCGACCUCCAGGACGAGCACGGGAAAUGUCUGGUUAACACACGAAGAGAUGGAAACGCUCGCAGCCACGCCUCACACGGAAGAUGAGGAGGGAAGCUGGGCUCAGACCCUGGCCUAUGGGGACAUGAACCACGAGUGGAUUGGCAACGAGUGGCUGCCCAGCCUGGGGCUCCCCCAGUACCGCAGCUACUUCAUGGAGUGCCUGGUGGACGCCCGCAUGUUGGACCACCUGACCAAGAAAGACCUGCGGGGCCAGCUGAAGAUGGUGGACAGCGCCCACCGAACCAGCUUCCAGUGCGCGAUCAUGUGUCUCCGGAGGCUGAACUAUGACCGGAGAGAGCUGGAACGGAGGCGAGAGGAGAGCCAGAAUGAAGUCAAAGAUGUCCUUGUCUGGAGCAACGAGCGGGUCAUUCGCUGGAUCAUGUCCAUCGGUCUCCGAGAGUACGCCAACAACCUCGCCGAGAGCGGCGUCCACGGCGCCCUCAUCGCCUUAGACGAUGGCUUCGACUUCAACACGCUGGCGCUGCUGUUACAGAUCCCGACCCAAAACACGCAGGCCCGCACAAUCCUGGAAAGAGAGUUCAACAACCUUCUGGUCAAGGGGACCAACCGGAGGUCCGAGGAAGAGGAGGAGAAGAGUUUCCGGAGAGGUCCAUCGUGGAGAAAGAGGUUCCGGCCCAAGGACAUGAGGGGCGUGGCCGUGGGGUCCUCGGAGACCCUCCCUGCUAACUUUAGGGUGGCGCCAUCUCUGUCCUCUCCUGCCAUGCAGCCCAAGAAGAUGCAGCUGGAUGGCAGCGUGCCGGGCGCGCCGAGGCUGGACCCUGCUGCCGUCAGGACUUACUCCUGUUGAGGCAGCCGAUCGUUUACCCACACUACUUCUACCGGUGAUGCAAGACUAAGACAUUUCGGAAUUCAACAAUCUUGCAUCUGUUAAUACUUGUUAUAUGGACCUGAAGAUAUUUUAUUACAGAGUUUUUAGUGAAGAUUUGAUGACUACCAUAGAGAAAAUAUUUUAGAAUUUAAUUUUUCUUAUAUUUAUGUACACUUACAACUUCGUUUAUAGAAUAUUUUUUCAUGGCUAUCCAGCCUAUAUCUACAUAUUUUUUUCAAAUCGAUCCAUGUCCGUCGGAAUAAUUGGAGGCUUUCAAACGAAUGUACUGUGAUGCUUAUCUCUAAAUCCUGUAAACAGAGAGAAGACUUUGUAAAUUAUCCGCUACUGUAAUUACCACUGUUCCAAUCAGCCGUGACAGAAAAAAGGGGCUCGGCUGCAUUUGUGACAGCCUGGGGACCCCGGUGUGUUGCCGUGGGAACCCCGCCUCUCUGCACAGACCUUCGGCGAGAAGCUGAGCCGCCGCUGCAGGCGCACCCACCCGGCAGCGA